GCUUCCUGGGAAGCAACCGUAUGGAAUUGCAGAGACUAUGAUGCUUCCUGGGGAGCAACCGUAUGGAAGUGCAGAGACUACAAUGCUUCCUGGGAAGCAACCGUAUGGAAGUGCAGGGACUAUAAUAGCUGUGAAAAUAUUAAACCAGAAUGGCACUCAAGGGUAUAGAGAGUGGCUGAGGGAGAUAGCCUUUAUUGGAAAGAUAUCUCACCCUAACCUUGCCAAGCUCGUGGGAUUUUGUCCAGAUGAUAAAAAUUUAGCUCUUGUUUAUGAGUUCAUGCCAAUGGGCAGUUUGGAAUACCAGCUAUUCAGAGAGGUCUCUGCAGAUCAUCUUUCAUGGGAUUUACGCCUCAAGAUUGCGGUUGGGGCUGCCAGAGGCUUGGCCUUCUUGCACAAUUCCUGUAAUAUGAUACACAGGGAUUUCAAAAGUGCAAAUAUUUUGCUAGAUGAGUCUUACAUGGCCAAACUCUCGGACUUUGGAUUGGUGAGGUCUGGUCCUCUAGAGGACAAGUCACAUGUUUCAACGCAGUUUAUGGGUACCACUGGCUAUUGUGACCCUGAAUACAGAGCAACUGGGCGUCUCACUGUAGAGAGUGAUGUUUAUAGUUUCGGCGUCGUGUUGCUUGAGAUACUAACAGGUUGCAGGGCAUUUGAUCCGAGCAGUCCAGCAGAUAGAGUUGAUUUAGUGGAGUGGACCAGACCAUACUUAUCCGGUAAAAGAAAACCGCGGGCUCCAGUUGACACGAGAUUGCAGGGCGAAUAUUGUGUGGACUCUGUACGCCAGAUAGCACAGCUAGCUAAUAAAUGCGUCGGACUUAAUCCUAAGUCCCGGCCUUCCAUGUCUGAAGUCGUGGAAAAACUGGAAUCAAUAGAAGCUGUCAGUGCUAAAGGAAUACUACGGAAUGUGUAAAUUUAUUUGUUAUGUUGUUUGUACUUCAUGUGAUGGGAUCAAAGUCUGUUGCUUCCCAGGAUUACUCUUGGGCUUUGAAUAUUCUUUUCGAUUGUACCCAGUAGUUACCAGGUGUUGUGUCUUCUUGUACGCUCUUUGGAAUAUUCAUACGUGUCUAUCAUUAUGUGCAUCAACUUCUGAAUUGAGACGUUGUGAUUACACUUUCUUUAA